ACAUUUCUCGAUACUUCUCAUCACAAAAAAUUAAAAAGCUUUUUGACAUCCAAGCUUCUGUCUCUUGUUGGUUACUUUUUUGUCACUGAAUUUUCCAAACUUUAAGAGGCCAUGGCUAAGGAAAUUGAGGUUGGUGGUGAGUUCCAAGCCAAGGACUACCAUGAUCCUCCACCAGCUUUGUUGGCCGACGCCCAGGAGUUGACACAGUGGUCCUUUUACAGGGCUAUAAUAGCUGAGUUCAUUGCCACGCUCUUGUUUUUGUACAUCACUGUGUUGACAGUGAUCGGUUACAACAGCCAGGUUGAUCCUGCAAAGGGCGGUGAUGACUGUGAUGGUGUUGGCAUUCUUGGCAUUGCUUGGGCUUUUGGUGGCAUGAUCUUUAUCCUUGUUUACUGCACUGCUGGUAUCUCAGGUAAGUUUUAACUCUCUACUGAUCAUGUCUUGUAACUAGGAUGAAAAAGGGUAGUUUAAGAAGAUGAAGCAUUGUAUGAAAUAAUUAUGCCACAUUAGUUUUUUUUUAUUUAAAUUA